CACCAAUUAAAUUAAGCCUCCUUGGGUGCCACACUCUUUGUAACUUCAUUCUUCUACAACUGUUGUCCAACAGUCAACUCUUGAAUGAGCCCUAUUGAUUCUGAGGCAAGCCAAUAUGUCACAGCAGUACUCCAGGAAGCAUCAUUAUGACUUCAGCUGCUGACCAACAUCCUUCUUCUUCUCAGCUUUACCAAGCUGGGAAAAACAGUCCCCUUUGCCAAGUGAUUGGGAGUAGGAGAGCCAUAAGAUUUUCAUCCUUUCCCCCGGGGAAGAAAGCCUCCUCUCUGCCAUGACAACCCGUUCUGAGCCAGCUUCUGUACGGGUUCAUAGAGGGGCAAGGCCAUCUGGCCACAUUACCCAGAACCAGGAAGACCAGGAGAAGCAAAAUUGGAAAUGCUGUGGGCUCACUCUUCUGACAUGCAACUCAGUCACCCAGCUGAGUUCCCUUCAGGUCCACAUCUGAGGGAGGCCAUGGGAAGGAGACAUAAGGCAGCACAAAGAGAAAAAGACUGCACUUCCAAAGAUCUGGAGGUGAACUAUUGCCAGAUAAAGGUUUGGGAGGGCCGUUGGCGUGUUAUGCCCUAUGAUGUGCUGCCUGACUGGCUGAAAGACAACGAUUUUCUCCUGCAUGGACAUCGGCCACCCAUGCCUUCCUUCCGCGCCUGUUUCCGCAGUAUCUUCCGGCUCCACACCGAGACUGGCAACAUCUGGACUCAUCUGCUUGGGUUCCUCUUCUUCCUGGUUUUGGGCAUUGGAUACAUGUUCAGUCCCAACAUGAAAUAUGUGGCCCCCAUCCAGGAGCGUGUGGUCUUUGGCAUAUUUUUCCUCGGAGCCAUUCUCUGUCUCUGUUUCUCCUGGCUAUUUCACACAGUCUAUUGCCACUCUGAGAAAGUUUCUCGCACCUUCUCCAAAUUGGAUUACUCUGGAAUUGCCCUGCUCACCAUGGGCAGUUUUGUUCCGUGGUUGUAUUACUCGUUCUACUGCUCACCACAACCCCAGCUCAUCUACCUCAUCAUCAUCUGUGUGCUGGGUAUAACUGCCAUCACGGUGUCACAGUGGGAUCAUUUUGCCACACCACAGUAUCGAGCAGUGCGGGCAGGUGUAUUUCUGGGCCUAGGGCUGAGUGGACUAGUGCCCACCCUUCAUUUCAUGAUCACUGAAGGUUUUAUCAAGGCGACGACAGUGGGACAGAUUGGUUGGCUCUUCCUCAUGGCAGUCCUCUACAUCUUGGGAGUAGGCUUGUAUGCUGCCCGCAUUCCUGAACGUUUCUUCCCGGGCAAGUGUGACAUCUGGUUCCAUUCUCACCAGAUCUUCCACGUCUUGGUGGUCGCAGCUGCUUGUGUCCAUCUUCACGGGGUCUCCCAGCUGCAGGCAUUCCGCUCAUCGCUGGGUGGCAGCUGCACGGAGAACACUGUGCUCUGAUACCUUUUGAGGCCCCAGGGACACCUCUGCUGAAUGAGGGCAGCCCACCUGUCACCCUGCGCACUUCUGGAUAUGGACCACGAGGGGCAAGGCUUCUCUUAAAGGGCACUGCACCAAGUCUCUGUUUGAAAAACAA